AUGGUGGCGAACGUGCCGCAGCUUGUGCAGCCACCACCACUAGAGCCUGAGUGGCCGCUGGUGCCACCUGCCGCUGCAGGAGCCACUGAUGAUGCCACCACUUGCGAUGGCACCGCCAAUGCUUGUAGAUUUUGUGCCCGCCGGUUGCUGCUCGGUGUGAGGGAAUCGCGCCAGCUUUGGGUUUGGGACUGGGAGCUCGGCCUCCAGUAUCCUGGGAGACCCGGCACAGGGUUAACUGUUGCUGUCAAGACCCUCAAUCGCGAUGGGCAGCAAGGGCACAAAGAGUGGGUGGCAGAGGUCAACUUUCUAGGAAAUCUGAAACAUCCGAACCUGGUGAAAUUGAUUGGUUAUUGCCUUGAGGAUAAUCAGAGGCAGUUAGUACAUGAAUUUAUGCCCCGUGGAAGUUUAGAGCACCAUCUCUUCAGGAAGUCAGUGCCACUUCCAUGGUCCACACGAAUGAAAAUUGCACUGGGCGCAGCAAGGGGCCUUGCCUUUCUUCACGAAGAAGCUGAAAGACCUGUGAUCUAUCGGGAUUUCAAAACUUCCAAUGUUCUACUUGACACAGACUACAAUGCGAAACUUUCUGAUUUUGGGCUUGCUCGAGAUGGUCCCAUAGGUGAUAAGACCCACGUGUCAACGCGAGUCAUGGGAACCUAUGGGUAUGCUGCGCCUGAAUAUGUUAUGACAGGUCACUUGACCUCCAAGAGCGAUGUGUACAGCUUUCGGGUGGUGCUGCUGGAGCUCAUAACAGGCAGGCGAUCAAUGGACAAGAACCGACCAGCAGGGGAUCACAACCUUGUAGAAUGGGCUCGGCCGCAUCUGAAACAGAGACAAGGAUUCCAAAGCCUGAUGGACCCUAAACUUGGUGGAAACAUCUCCCUGAAAGGCGCUUACAAGGUGACCCAGCUGGCCCGCGCCUGCCUCGCCCGGGAUCCCAAGGUCAGGCCUCUGAUGAGCCAGGUCGUGGAGAUCCUCAAGCCUCUCCCGGACCUCAAAGACAUGGUGGCAUCUUCACCCGGCCUGUACCUGUCCUUGCAAGCAGAGCAGGUUGCAAGGCUUGGCUACCCGAGUGGCAGCCGGAGCAUGAGCCAGCACGGCAGCUUUGCAACUCGGAACGGGCAGCAGCAGGUGAGGAGCCUCUCCCAUGGCGGCCACGGCCAUGGUUCUCCUUCUCCGUAUCUGCAGUCGCCGACGCCGAGGACCAAUGGCAAGUAG